AUGAAUCGCGGAAUUUCUAGAAACACAGGGUCGUCCUCAAACGAAAAUUCUCUGGGCCCCAUGGAGGCCACUUUGAGCUGUCUCUGGAUCGUAACGCCCUUAUUUGCUACCAUUUCCGUGUUGGUCGUGUUGGUAGCCUUGAUUACUAGCCAGUGGUUGCAUACAGAGGAAAAAAUGCACAACCCUUCGUACAAUGGUACCGGCGAAAAGGAUUAUCUUUCCAAAGCGACCAUGUCCGGAUUGUGGAAGAUUUGCUUUACCCACCCUGGCGGGACGAUCUACGAGUGCGCCAAGGUGGACUUUUUCUCCAAAGAAGAAUAUACACCGGACCCUAACGAUUCCACUCUCGCAAUACCUUAUACCGUGACGAAAACGGUGGUUUUCUUCCUGAUAGCCAGCAUACUACUGGCCCUUGGAUUUUGCUGCUGCAUUUUCGGACAAUGCGUCCGGAAUAAAUCACUGUACACCUUCGUUUCCGGUGUUAUUUUUGUAAUUACAGGACUUGUGAUGUUGUUUGGCCUUAUAAUGUAUAUAUCGAUAUUCAAAGCGGAAAUCGGUGGCAAGCUGAAGCCCAGAUCUCAAUUGGAACCGCCCGUAUUCAUUUACUCAUACGGCUAUUCCUUCCUUCUCUACGUGGUCGGCUUGGUGUCCACUAAAAUAGCUGGAAUAUGCGCGAUAUUUCUGUUCAUCCGCAAAAUGCAAUACGACUGGGCUCGCAGAUAUUACGAAGAUCUACGCAAAGGAAACUCAACGCCCAUUUUGAGCAACAAUUGUGCCAACCAUUAUGAUUCCACGAUGUAUUAUCCAUGUAGAAGACAUCCUCAAGCCUACAUCAACUCGAACAGCGCCAUACAUUUUGGAAGAAGCCCCUGUGGAGUUAAUAGUGAGUAG